AAUCCAACAGGAACAACCGGGAAAAAACAGGAAACAGUUUAGAGAGAAAAAGUUGGAGAAAACGCUCGUGGGAUGAACUUCGUCUGCGACUGAAAUCAAACUAACACUGAACAAGGAGAACAGAGAGAGAACUGAGCAACUAGACACUGAAACACAGACUGCUGCAGGAGGAAACACAAGACAAUCAAAGUCAAACUUCACUCUGAGACAAAAUGGCUUCCAGAUCAGACGAUGAUCUCUGCUGUCCGGUCUGUCUGGAAAUAUUUAAGGAUCCAGUUAUUCUGUCAUGUAGCCACAGCUUCUGUAAGGAGUGUCUGCAGAAAUAUUGGAGAACAAGAACUGGUCGCUCAUGUCCUCUUUGUAGGAAAAGAUCUGCAUCCGAUGCUCCACCUUUUAAUCUGUCUCUGAAGAAUCUCUGUGAGUCUUUCUUACAGCAGAGAGAGCAGAGAGCUUCAGAGGAUCUCUGCUCUCUGCACUCUGAGAAACUCAAACUCUUCUGUCUGGACCAUCAGCAGCCAGUUUGUCUCGUCUGCAGUCAUUCAGAUUUACACAAAAACGAUAAAUUCAAACCCAUCGAUGAAGCUGCUCAGCAACACAAGAAGAACCUUCAGGAAACUCUGGAGCCUUUAAAGAAGAAGCUGGAGCUCAGGAAGAAAGUUCAGGAGGAGUUUGAUCAGACAGCAGAACACCUGAAGGUCCAGGCCCGACACACAGAGAGGCAGAUUAUGGAGCAGUUUAAGCAGCUUCAUCAGUUUCUAGCAGAGGAAGAGGAGGCCAGGCUGGCUGCACUGAGGGAGGAAGAGGAGCAGAAGAGAGGGAUGAUGAAGGAGAAGAUGGAGGCUCUGAGCAGAGAGAUAGCAGCUCUUUCAGACACAGUCAGAGCCACAGAGGAGGAGCUGAGAGCUGAAGACGUCUCAUUCCUGCACAACUACAAGGCUGCAGUGGAAAGAGUCCAGCGCUGCCCCCUGCUGGAGGAUCCACAGCUGCCCUCAGGAGCUCUGAUAGACCAGGCCAAACAUCUGGGCAACCUGGCCUUCAACAUCUGGAGCAACAUGGAGAACAUGGUGACCUACACUCCUCUGGUUCUGGACCCAAACACGGCUGGUAAAAAACUCCAUCUGUCUGAAGAUCUGACCAAUGGGAGGAGAGGAGAGAAACAGCAACUUCCUGAUAAUCCAGAGAGAUUUGAUAUUAACUGGUGUUCUGUUGUGAGUUCUGCUGGUUUUAACUCAGGGAACCACAGCUGGGCUGUUGAUGUUGGAGACAGUGAAGCCUGGAUUCUUGGUGUGUUAGAGUCUGAUCAAAGGAAGGGAGGAUCACAGACCAGAUGGUUGGUUGUUGCAUUCGGUUCACGUAAAUACACAACAUGUUCUCCAUCAGUUCCUCCCAAAGAUCUCUCAGUCCAGAAGAAUCUCCAGAGGAUCAGAGUGAAUCUGGACUGGGACAGAGGAAAGCUGUCCUUCUCUGAUCUGGAUACUAACACACACAUACACACCUUCACACACACCUUCACUCACAAGGUGUUUCCAUACUUCAACACUCUUAAAACAUUAAAGAUCGUACCGAUGAAGAUCUCAGUGAUCAAGCAGCAGCUCUGAUGAUCUCAGCAUGAAGAUCACAAAGUCCAAAUAAAAACUUAUUGAUCAGAUUGAAACUGUGAGUUUUAAAGAGGAAACUGGAGAUGAUCUGAUCAUCUGGAGAUUCUUCAUCUCUGUUCAGAUUCAUCACCAGCUGCUGGAAGCAGCAGGGCGGCGUUAAUAUUUCACAUCUGACUCUUUAGUCUGAGUUCAGCUCUGAUUCUAAAAUGACUCAGAGUGAGAGGUCUUGUUUUUUUGUUCAUCUCUGGGUAAUUAUUAGUUUAUCAGGAACUAUUGAUGUAUUAAAAAAUUGGAUUUUAUUGAAUAUGUGAGCAAAAAUGAUCCCAGCAAUGUGUUUAGUUUACAAACUAAAUAUUUACUUUGCUAACUAAAUUAUUUAGCUCCAAACUGAAUAUUUAAUUUUCUUUUGUCUGAUUUUGUU